CAAUCCCAGUUGUCCGCGUCUCGACCGUACCGUUUCGCGUUACGGCCAUAUUUCUUUUGUUUUGUUUUGUUUCGUUUAUUAUUUUUAUCGAAUUAAUUUCACUGUUGUUAUUACUGUCAUCGUCAUCACAGACAUCGUCGUUGUUCGUCUUCUUCACCGUUCUUCAAUAAUUUUUUUGUUAAUUAAUUGCACCGAUUAGGCGUUUUUGUUUACAAUUUCCCUCGUACGUGUCUGGAAUAUUACAGUCCGUGUGAUUUGCCGCCGUCUUGGUUUAAUAAAUAUCGUUACAUUUUUCGUCUGUCUCUAUCUAUCUCAAUGAUUCGUUGUUUUCCUGUUUAAAUUUCGUCCACGUCAGGAAUGAAAACAUAAUAUCUACCGUGCGUAUGGUACUUAUUGUAUCAUUACGGUAAUAAUUGUCGACGUCCGUGUGCGUUUCCUGUGCUCGUGCGUCAGUACUUCAUGCCGUCGAAUUUCGUUCACGUAGAAAGCGAUCGUCUAUACCGUUAGACUUCCUGAACGUCAUCAGGAUCUCUUUGGUUCUACGCUGUUAUGCCACUGACGUUCUGCACAGACGAGUUGCAAUAAUUUGUGAAAAUGAAUAGCAUGGAUGAGCAUAACCGCAUGAUGCAUCCAACCAGUGCAAUGUUGCCACAACCUUAUGGGAUGUCGUCUGUUGAUCCCAACCACGGUGCUCCCACGCCACCUGAUCAAGAUACUCGUAAACAAGAUAUUGGUGAAAUUUUGCAGCAAAUAAUGAACAUUACUGAUCAGUCUUUAGAUGAAGCUCAAGCUAGAAAACACACAUUAAAUUGUCACCGAAUGAAACCUUCUUUAUUCAGCGUUUUAUGCGAAAUCAAAGAAAAAACUGUAUUAAGUUUAAGAAAUACACAAGAAGAAGAGCCACCAGAUCCACAGUUGAUGCGAUUAGAUAACAUGUUAAUUGCUGAAGGAGUAGCUGGUCCUGAAAAAGGAGGUGGUGCUGGAGCUGCAGCUAGUGCAUCAGCCGCAGCUUCGGGUGGUCCCGGACAACCAGAUAACGCCAUUGAGCAUUCCGACUAUAGAGCAAAAUUAGCUCAGAUCAGACAAAUUUACCACCAAGAACUGGAAAAAUACGAACAGGCUUGUAAUGAAUUUACUACCCAUGUAAUGAAUCUCUUACGAGAACAGUCUAGAACGCGGCCGAUCACUCCAAAAGAAAUCGAACGAAUGGUGCAAAUAAUACAUAAGAAAUUUUCUUCCAUACAAAUGCAACUGAAGCAAAGUACUUGUGAAGCGGUCAUGAUACUUAGAUCUAGGUUUUUGGAUGCUAGAAGAAAAAGACGUAAUUUUAGUAAACAAGCUUCCGAAAUACUAAAUGAGUACUUUUACUCUCAUCUGAGCAAUCCCUAUCCUUCUGAGGAGGCAAAAGAAGAGUUAGCAAGGAAGUGUAGCAUUACAGUGUCACAAGUGUCAAAUUGGUUUGGGAAUAAAAGAAUUCGAUAUAAAAAAAAUAUCGGUAAAGCUCAAGAAGAAGCAAACCUUUACGCUGCAAAGAAAGCUGCCGGCGCUUCCCCUUAUAGUAUGGGUCCUGCUUCUCAAGGAACACCAACUCCCUUGUUAUCUCCAGCUCCUGGUGGUGGUCCACAAGACAGCAUGGGCUAUAGUCUUAGUUUAAAUGGUGCUGAGUAUAGUUCCCCUAUGUCCGGAUCACAGGUUUGUGCACAGUAUUCUGAUGGAAGCUUAGGAUAUGACCCAAUGGGACACCAGGCAAUGCCUAAAAACUCUGGAUCGCCAUCUACAGGAUGGAACUCAAGUCAUGAAUAUCAGACACAUGGCAUGCACGACGACAGCGAAGACUCAUCAGAUGAUGUUGAUAUAAAACGCCCAAAAUUGUCUUAAGCAUUUUUAUUCUUAAUAACUAAAUUUGUUCAUUUUUUACAUAUAUAUAAAAAUGAUUGCUUAACUUAAUAUUUUAGACAUAUGCGAAUGAGAAUAAUUGGCCUUCACACUUUGUAUAUGUUCUAAAAAAAAAAACACUCAUCUCACUCUAACUAAUUACUAUUAUGGAUCUACUGUAAUGACGAAAACGAAAGACUUAGGCCUUUGAUGUAUGUGUGUAUUUUAAUCCCAGCACACAUCACAUAUAAGGGAACGUAUAUGUAUAAAUAACGUUAGUCUAAUAUUUGAGAUUACCAUACUGAAAUUCAGUAGAGACGGUUUUAUUAUGAAACUAUUUUUUAGUAUCUUAUUAUUAUUAU